UUUUAUUGUGACAACUGACAAUUGAAAUAUAUCUAUUUGACAACAAUGUACAUCACAAUUUAGUAUAAAAAUAAACACGUACGUAAUAUUUAACUAGUAAUGUGGUAAACUAAUGGAAUUAAGAAUAUUUAUUAUAAUUGUGUUAAUAAAAUUUGUGGCUGUUAAAUGUUGAGUGCCUUGUGUGUUGCCUACAGUAAAUAUUGUGUUAAGAUAUACAACGAAAGUUGUAUAUAUAGUUCCUCAUUAAUAUAUAAAUUCCUUGUUCAGUGAUUGUUUGCGUUGCUAAAAAUCUAAUACGAUUAUUUGAUAUAAUAUCGUCGAUUUAGAUAAUAAAAAUAUAAAUUGUACAUGUUAUGCAGCAUCAUCUGAGAUUGAAUUGAAAUAUGGGUAUCUGUAGAUGUCAUUGUACGCCAAAAUGUAAAAAAUGGACGACGUUCGGAUUUGCGAUUGCGUUUAUAUUAUUAGGUUUAUUUUUUUCCGUUUUCUGGACUAUGAUUUUUGACAAGAUUUUAAAAUUUGAAUUAAGUAUAUAUAGUACAAAUUCCGUAAGUUACCAAAUGUGGAAAGAAACCCCUAUACCAAUUUACAUAUCGUUUUAUCUUUUCAAUUGGACAAAUUCAGAAGAAGUUAUAAAAAAUUCGACGAUAAAACCAAUAUUUGUAGAAUGUGGACCUUAUACGUAUUACGAACAUCACGUUAGAGACAAUGUCACUUUUAAUGAUAACGGAACUGUUUCGUUUUAUACGAGAAGGACGUGGAAAUAUUUACCAGAAAAAUCAGUUGGAGACCUCACUGAUAAAAUUACGACCUUCAAUCCCAUUUUGGCGACUGUGGGGGAUCUAAUUAAAUACAAACACGUUAUAGUACAAUUGGGCGUUAAUUUUUUUUUGGAAGAAAAAAGGGUACAAUUAGCCAUUACUAAAACGGUAGACGAAUACAUUUUUAAAGGUUACGACGAUCCUUUACUAGAUUUAGUUCGUAAAUUGAAUAUAACCGCUUUUCAAAUACCUUAUGGGAAAUUUGGUUGGUUCGUAAAUAGGAACGAUAGUGCCGAAUACGAUGGAUUUUACAACAUGAUCGAUGGGGCUGACGGUAUUAAUAAUUUAGGUAUUAUCAAAAAUUGGAAUUAUCAAAGUCGUUUACCGUAUUAUGAAGGCGAAUGCGGAAUAGUGAACGGAAGUCAAGGAGAACUCUGGUAUCCACCACACGAUCAACAAAGGAUUAAAAUUUUCUCCAGUGAUUUGUGCAGCUCAUUAGAUUUAGAUAGGAGUGAAGAAUUUACACAGUUCGGACUUAAGGGAUACAAAUAUGUGGGAACAGAAAGGAAUUUCGAUAACGGAACAAAUUAUCUGGAAUCUCGUUGUUUCAUAAGCAAAGAUUUCGUCGGUGAACAAUAUUCUGGGGUGAGAAAUGUAUCGUUGUGCAAGUUCAGAGCCCCAGCGCUGGUUUCGUAUCCUCAUUUUUAUCUAGCGGAUCCUUCUUAUUUGGAAAAUAUCGAAGGAUUGAAACCUGAUAAGGAGAAACAUGAGAUGUAUUUGUCUUUGCAACCGGAUACAGGUUUACCUCUGUCGGUUAGAGCGAAAAUACAAAUAAAUCUUAAAAUGGAGCGGCUCAAACACAUAAAAUUACUGUCCAACGUCCAAACGAGAGUGAUGCCUUCUUUUUGGUUUUCCCAACAAGUCGAUUUGACGGAAAACUUGGCAACCCCCGUUAAAACAUUAUUAGUACUACCUUCGGCUGGACAAUAUACCGGUUUCAGUUUACUAGGAUUGGGCGCCGUAAUAGCCAUUAUUGGGUUUACGGUAACUUACAGAAGAGGAUGGCACGAUAGUGAGGAAGAACAAUUAUUAGAUCAGAACGCAAUUUAACCUUUAAUCAAUAUAUUGUUUCAGCAAAUAAAGUUAGAGGAGUGGAUAGCUGGUAAACUAAAAAAAAAUAAAUUUUUUACAUAUUCUUAUAAUCUGUUUAAGUACUGUUUUCAUUUUAUUACCGUAUCGUGUGAACCGGGCUUAAAUUUUCUCAAUUCACGUCGUUAUUUCGACGUAUGAAGGAAAGCAUCAAUCUUAGUUGCAUUUUUUUUACGACCUCGUGUGUGCCACCCUUAAUUCCAUCAAUUAUUCGUCUAUAAUCCAUUCAAAAUCGACUGUUUCCGUUUUAACCCAACUUAAUUUCCUUAUUAUUCCAUAGCCUUAUAAAUUAUAAACAGAAUCGUUGUAUCGACUUUUGAAAAGAGCGGCAGUCGUAGUUUCAUUUGUUUCACCGUCUCGUGUGAACCAUACUUAAUUAAUUUUUCCACAGUAUAUUAAACCGGACCGUAAUCUUUUUUAUUUUGACUUUUUUUAUAAAUUGGAAUCAAAUUAUUUGAUUAAAUUUGUUCAAAUAACAACAUUCAGAAACUACCCUGAAGCACCAUUUUAUAUAAAUUGUUGUAAAUAUUAAUUUAUCCAAAGUAAUAAAAUAUUAUGCCAAAAUUCCUCAAAGUACAUUGAUAUUUAGCAGAUUCAUUCAAAAUUAAUAUUAAAAUACUCACUCAUACGAUUUAUUGUUACAAAUAGACGGACAAUAAUCUAAAGGCCGGGUCACACGUGACGGCACCGCGCGGUAUUUCCUACUGUGAUACGUAUUACAUUUGAUCAGUUGUAAAAAUUCGCUUUUGCCCGUACAAUGUUCGUCAAGAAACUAAAUUGAAUAUUUUUAUAACCAAAUUUAUUAUUUAAAAUCAUUAUUUAGUAAUAAAACUAGUUUCCCGUUCAAAUUCUUAGUACCGCAAAAGUUAAUUUAUUAAUUGUUCAACAAUUAUUGAAAUUUUUAUAUAAAUUCGAGCGAAUUUUUCGCCAACUAGUCUAUGAACGUUAUUAUUGUGGGAUUGAGGCGAUGAAACACCAAAAAAAUAACAAUAGAUAUUUAAUUAUCGAAUUUAAUAUUUCGUAAAAAAAAUUCUAGAACAUUCGGUGGUAUUCAUACUGAACACGCGUUUCGAUAACCAAAUUACCGUCGUCAGAGACCCUUUAAUUGUAUAAACAAUCCUAGGAGGUUUUCCCGCUGGAAUUAAUUUUCGUUUAUAGGCGGGAAAAUUCAGUAUUGAACAGGUCAAGUCAAGUUAGUAGGUUUUAAUUUAAUUUCGGUCUCUGAAGACGAUAACUUGGUUAUCGAAACGCGCCUCAGACAGAGUAAUUGUGAGUGUUAGUUAUUUGAAAGCUUGAUUUACAUAUUAAUUGGUGUUCCAUUGCCACAAUCCCACAAUAACAACGUUUUUAUGUAUAUACAGGCUUAGAAACUAUAAAAGUGAUCGGAUUCGGAUGCGGUACUGUUACGUGUGACUCAAUAAAUUGUUGAUGUACGUUUUUUUUGAAAAAAAAAAUUAAAUUUAUCAAUUUUCGAUUAAAUAAAAUUUGUUGUACUUUGUGUGAUAAAACGUAUAUUAAUACUGUGAUAUUGUUAUUCUAUAAAAUGGGUGCUAUGACCAUUAGAUUGAUUUAAUUUGAUAUUUUUAGUUGCCAUUUUGAAAAUUUUCUAAUUAGUACUUAUAAUUAUUAUUAUAGAUAUCGUUGACUUUAUAUAAAAAUAAAUAUUUUUUUGUUAUUUGAAAUAAAAUACAUAUAUUCUA